UAAAAACGUGUUUUAUGUUUAGGUGUGAUAAUAAAAAAUAGUUUUGGAAAAAGUAAAGGAUCGAACGACGCAUAAGCAGAUAGACGGCAGAGAUUGGAAAGGCAAGUCAUAUUUUAACGAUGUUGCAGACAUUUGUAACCCUACUCGUACUUUCUGUCGUAUCUGCGAAGAAGCCACCAAAUAUUUUAAUCAUUAUUGCCGAUGAUUUGGGAUAUGGUGACGUGGGUUGUUUCGGAAACAAAACUAUACCGACCCCAAGUAUUGAUAAACUAGCUAGCCAAGGAGCCAGAUUAACUCACCAUCUUGCAGCUUCGUCUUUGUGUACCCCUAGUCGAUCUGCGAUGUUGACGGGACGAUAUCCUUCUCGAACAGGAAUGGUACCAACUCCACCAUCAAGAGCUGGAAUAAUUUUAUUUCUUGCAUGUUCAUCAGGAUUGCCACAAAGCGAAGUUACAAUUGCAAAACAGGCCAAGUCAAAAGGAUAUAGAACUGGAUUAAUAGGAAAAUGGCAUCUUGGACUUAGUGAAUCAAAAUAUAACGACAAUAUAUUCCAUCCUAAUAACCAUGGAUUUGAUUAUUAUUAUGGACAUCCUCUAACAAACGUUCAAGACUGGUACAAUGAUGGAUCAAGCAUUCUCUAUCACCAAAUUCCAAGGAUAGGCUGGUAUGCAUUAACAAGUGUUAUUGCGACUAUGCUGACUAUGUAUUUUCUUUACAAGAGAGAAUACAUUGGACUUAAAAUAGUUAUAUUUGUACUUUUGUUGUUGAUUGUUUUAUGGUCAUAUUUUUUCUUUGCAUUUCUAAAUAUGAUCCUGCUCAACUCGUUGCUGUAUCGUAAUUUAGAUAUCGUUGAACAACCAAUAAAUUUAGAAACGUUGUCUGAACGUUAUACAAAGGAAAGCAUUGAGUUCUUGGAAAACAGCACGGACAAUAAUGCACCAUUUUUACUGGUAGUUAGCUGGAACCAUGUUCAUACUGCACUGAUUACAUCAAAAAGAUUUCGCGGGAAAUCCAAACAUGGUCGCUAUGGAGACGCAGUUGAAGAACUGGAUUACGGAACAGGGCAAAUUAUAUCUAAACUCGACGAACUUGGCCUAACCGAUGAUACUCUAGUGUAUUUUACAUCAGAUAAUGGCGCUCAUCUAGAGGAAAGAGGAAUGCAUGGUGAAGUCGACGGAGGAAUCAAUUCACCCUUUAAAGGUGGCAAGGGACACCCUUCUGUAGAUGGUGGAAUAAGGGUCCCAUCCAUAGUCCGUUUUCCAAACCAAAUACAAAAGAACAUUGAUAUUAACGAACCAACAACUCAGAUGGAUAUGUUCACUACAUUGAGCUAUUUGAUAGGGGCAGACAUACCAAAGGAUAGACAUAUUGAUGGAAAAGAUAUCAUGCCUCUAAUGAAACAGAAAGAAAACAUUACUCCUACACCGUUUCUGUAUCAUUAUUGUAACAAUGAAAUCCAUGCAAUGAGAUACAGGCCGCCAGAAGGAAAUAAAGUUUGGAAGCUCGUUUUUAAAGAACCAAAUUAUAUGCCAGGACAAGACAAAUGUGAUGGUUUAGCGUGUCUGUGCAGAAACGCUUUAAUUUUAAAUCCUCCUGUGUUUUAUGAAUUGACUUCAGAUCUAGGAGAACGAAAACCUAUACCAUCUGAUUCUAGUGAAAAAUAUAGAAAUCUUAGAGAUAUCAUGAUAAAACAGUUAGAUGAGCAUGUGACAUCUGUUGGUACUAUAAAUUCUCAGUUGACAUUUACUAAACUUCUGUGGAAUCCGUUUUUACAACCUUGCUGUAAUUUCCCUACAUGUAAAUGUACUGAUCCUAAAUAUACAAGUCAAAUGAUGCAGACAUGGCUUGUUAUUCUAUGUAUAUCUAUGGUCAUAGCGAAGUCACCUAACAUUCUUAUCAUAAUUGUCGACGAUCUGGGUUAUGGAGAUGUCGGUUGCUUCGGAAAUCAAACGAUUCGGACUCCAAGUAUUGACAAACUAGCUACUCAGGGAGUAAGACUGACGCAUCACCUUACAUCGUCUGCUCUUUGUACUCCUAGCAGAUCUUCACUACUCACAGGGCGGUAUCCCUCUCGCACAGGAAUGGUACCUACUCCGCCGUCGAGAUUUGGUGUUAUUUUGUUUCUGGCAAGUUCAGCAGGAUUACCACAAAGUGAGAUUACCAUAGCAGAACAAGCUAAAUCAAAAGGAUAUAGAACUGGACUGAUAGGAAAAUGGCACCUUGGAUGGAGCGAGUCAAAAUACAACGAUAGUGCAUUCCACCCUCUCAACCAUGGAUUUGAUUACUACUACGGUCAUCCUCUGACCAAUAUGCAAGACUGGUAUGAUGAUGGCUCAAGUGUUCUUUAUUCCCAAAACCCAAUGAUACAUUGGCAAGCAUUAGCAAGUAUCAUUGCAAUCAUGCUUCCAAUGUAUUUUCUUUACCGGAAGAAAUAUAUAGGAGCAGUUAUUUUAUCUCUUAUAUUGUUUCUAAUUUGCUUUGUAUGGGGAUACGUUUUCUUUGCUUUUCAUAAUGUAACGCUUUUCAACUCAUUACUAUAUCGCAAUUUUGAUUUAGUAGAGCAACCAAUAAAUUUAGAGACAUUGUCUGAGAGAUAUACUAAGGAAAGUAUAGAAUUUCUGGAAAAUAGUAGGAAGGAAAAUGCACCAUUUCUAUUGGUGGUUAGUUGGAGUCAUGUGCAUACAGCACUCAUCACUUCGAAACAGUUUCGAGGGAAAUCCAAACAUGGUCGGUAUGGAGACGCCGUCGAAGAAAUGGAUUAUGGGACAGGGCAGAUAUUAUCGAGUCUCUCCGAACUUGGACUAGCAGAUGACACUCUUGUUUAUUUUACAUCUGAUAAUGGUGCUCAUUUAGAAGAAAGAGGACUGCACGGUGAGGUAGACGGAGGUGUCAAUACACCCUUUAAAGGUGGUAAAGCUCAAACUUCAGUAGACGGCGGGAUAAGAGUUCCAUCAAUAGUACGUUUUCCAAAUCAAAUCAAAGAGAACAUCGAAAUAAGUGAACCAACCACUCAGAUGGAUAUGUUCACAACAAUCAGCAAUUUAAUAGGAGCAGAUAUACCAAAAGAUAGACAUAUUGAUGGAAAAGAUAUCAUGCCUCUAAUGAAACAGGAAGAAAACAUCACUCCUAAUCCGUUUCUGUAUCAUUAUUGUAACAAUGAAAUUCAUGCUAUGAGAUACAGACCAACAGAAGGUAAUCAGAUAUGGAAGCUGGUAUUCAAAGAACCAAACUACAUGCCAGGUGAAACGAAAUGUGCUGGACUAGUGUGCGCUUGUAAAAAUGCUAUAUUACUGGAUCCCCCAGUGUUUUAUGAAAUGACUUCAGAUCUAGGGGAACAAAAACCUAUACCAUCUGAUUCUAGUGAAAAAUAUAGAAAUCUUCGAGACAUAAUGUUGAAAGAACUAGAUGAACAUGUGACAUCUGUUGGUACUAUAAACUCACAAUUAACAAUAAGUAAACUUCUGUGGAAUCCGUUGUUACAACCUUGCUGUAAUUUUCCUUCUUGUAAAUGUACUGAUCCUAAAUACAGCUAAAGUUCCAUUCUCACAAAUAAAAUGUUAGACGUUUUUAUACACGCAUUGCUUUAAACUGUUUGGACUUAACUGUACACGUUAAACGUAAAUCCAGAAAAAAGGUUUCGGACGCACGUGAAUAAGUUUUUAUUUUAUCCUCGAAUAACGAGAUCUUAACUUUUCUAAACAUGUCUGUAAAGAAAUGUCAUCAUAACUAUUUGAUUUUGUUUCUAUUCAUGUUUCGUGUAACAUCUUUUCCCAUUUUUUAUUACUCGAAAUGCUAUAAAAAAUACUCAUGUGUGUGUACAAAUCUAGAUAGUAUGCAUUGUGUUUUAAAUUAGUUAUAAUUAAAUGUAAAACUUACAA